AUGUUAUUAACAUGUGAAUAUUAUACCAUUAAUAUAAAUGAUUUAUUAUGGUAUAAAAAUAAUCAACAAUUAUUUAAACAAAAUACAACACAUUAUUCUAUUAGUUAUGGUCAAUUAGGCGCGAAUUUUUAUUCAAAUUUAUUAAUCCCCUUGACAACGGAACAAGAUACUGGAUUAUGGAGUUGUAUAUUAAAUAAUCAAUAUCGUACAUUAUUUUAUGUUACUAUAUUAAAUUCUAAUGGUGAAAUACUUUACCCUAACAACAAUGACAAUGAGAAUAAAGAUUCAUUUCUAUAUAAAGUAUUUACAUUAUUUGGUAAUAAUAAUAAUAAUAAUCAAAUCAAUCAUUGGAUAUAUGGUAGUAUUAUAAUCAUUAUAUUAUUUGUUAUUUUAAUAUUGAUUAGUAUAGGAAUAUUUUGUUGUUAUCAUUCACAAUCAUCAAGAUUAACUAAUAGAUCUAUAGAUGAAAUCAAUAUGAAGAAUUGUAUAUCGAUGAAUAAAUCAAGAUCUAUAUGUAGACGUCGAUUGAAAUGUAUCAAUGGCAGUCAUCAUUAUCAUCAUCAUCAUAGUAACAAUAAAAAGGUCAAAGAUGAUUCAAUAAAUAGUCUAUUAGUAACAACAAAUGAUGAACCAAAAAUCAUUGAUAAAAAUGAAUUACAAUUAACAAACCAUAUGAAAGAGGAUACAAUUGUAACUUCUACAACAAUCAUAACAACGACUACUAUACCCAAUUCAAAUAUCCAUGUAAAUCAUGUAGAAAAUAAUGAUAUAUUAUCAAGUAGAAAUAUAGAUGAAAAUCGUUUAUUAAAUAUAUUUUGUUGUCCUACAAAUUCAACACGUGAUGUUCAAUUAGUAACUAUACCUACAACUAGUUCUUCAUCAACCAAUGUUACAUGUUUAGAUGGAUCAUUUCUACAAGGAACAGUUGUAACUGAUGAAAAUCAUGUUCUAGUAUCUUGUGAUAGUCCAGAACCAAAAUUAUACAUUGCUACAAAUGGAAUUACACCUUCAUCUAAUAUUUCUACAUUAGAUUUUUCUAAUUGCUUACAACAACAACAACAACCAUUGAAUGUUAUACCUCAACCAAGUUGUACUGGAUGGGAUGGUAGUGGUAGUUAUUCAUCCCCACAAUUCCCUGGAAUUUAUACAUCUAGUCAAAUAACUAUUGAAACAUCAAAACCAUGUCCUGUACAUGGAAUUAUGAAUUUGAAACCGAUGGAAAUUAAUUGUGAUAUAACAGCUAAUACUACUGUUGAUAGUAAUCAUGCAAAUGUUAAACAAUUGCCAAAUUAUAAAAAAAUCGAUUCAAUAUAUUGGGAUCAUUCUAAUAGUUCAGCGAUUUUAACUAAUCCUCACUUAUCCUAUAACUUACCAAAUUGUAUAUUUUUAGAUUCUCAAAAUCAUGAUACUAUUACCAAUCGUAAUAAUAGAAAUAGUGAUCAUCAAAAGAAUGAAAUAGAAGUUAUGCAAAAUUAUUCAAAAACUUUAUCCUCAUAUCAUAAUAUCAAGGAUUAUAAUUUAUUACAAAAAGCUAAUUUAAAUGAAGCUAAUAUACAAUGGCCUACUGAUUCACGAUCUCAAGGAACCUGUCCAGAAGAUGUUACAUUAGGAAAUCGCAAAAAUUUGAAAAGAAAUCACCGAAGUAAAUCUAUCAUUCGUGAACAAUCCAGUUAUCUCAUAGAUCAUUGUCACCAUGGAACGGUAGAUAAUCAAGAAGCAUCGAUUUCCUCUUCUAAUGAAACAAAUGAUAAUGAGGAAACCGAUAUUCAAUUAAACAGUGUUCAUAAUAACCAUUACGGCUUAUCAAUAACUUCUAUCAAGCCAAAACAAAUCAUUUACACAUCAAAUGAGGAAACAGAAUCUCAAGGUGAAAGUUCUCUUUCUGAAAAAUCGUUACAUAGUGAUCAUUCAUGUACAUCUUCGGUUUCAUCUUCGACAAAUUCAGCUUCCUCAAUAAAUCAACAUUUCAAAUAUAUUUAUCCAUCAAAUCAAACAGGACUUAAUUCAAUCUGUUCAUCCUUAUCAAAUCAAAUCAAUUUAGCAGCGGCGGUUGCUGCUGCUGCUUCAACUAAUGCUACUACUGAUCUAGUACAACAACAAUCUCCACCUUCAUUAGAGUUUUGUCCUUCUCCAGAAUUAUUAAGAAAUCGACCGAAUAGUACAAAUAGUUAUUCACGUCAUCGAAAUCAUUAUGAUAUAUUGAAUAAUUUGAAAUGUCCUGUACAUUCCUUAACAAUAAACCGUAGAUCAUUACCACAUAAACUAUUCUAUGAUGCUUAUAAUCAUCGUGAAAAUAUGCGUCAACAUAAUUAUGAUCAUAAUAAUAACAUAGGUACACUUCGAGUUACUACCUUACCAACACGAUUCAGGAAAGUCAGUUAUAAUAUUAAUAAUAAUAAUCGUAGUAGUAGUAGUAGUGGUAGUAGCAGUACUACUAAUGAUAAUAACAAUAGUAGUAUAAUUAAUCAUAUGGCUUCCAUUAGAAAAUUCGCUAGUCAACAUACUAUUCAAUCAAAUUAUUCAUCAUCUUUAUGUUUAUCUACUACACAAAGUUUAGAUAAAUUUAAUAAAUCUUUACAAAAAUCUAUUCUACGUCCCGGUUCUAAACAUAAAUUAGAUACAGAAAGUGAUUCCGAUAAUAAUAAUAAUAAUAAUACAUCAGAAGAAAAUAAUUUUUAAUUUUAUUGAUUUUUAUCGAUUAUUAUUUAAUAUGUACAAAGAAAAAAUGUAUUAGUAUCCGGGGCG